UUUCUAAGUUAGCUACCUGACAAACCCAACAUUUUCACAUUUUUCACGCUCUUAACCUUAGCCACCACAUUAUUUGUUGUUACUUGUUUCCCACUUAGCCAUCCUUCCUGUCCUCAAUUGUAGUUGCAGGAGGUAUAGAAAGAUGGGAAGGGCUCCCUGUUGUGACAAGGUGGGACUCAAGAAAGGCCGCUGGACAAAAGAGGAGGAUCAAAUCUUGACCGACUACAUUCAAGCCAAUGGAGAAGGUUCUUGGAGGGCUUUGCCUAAAAAUGCUGGGUUACUAAGAUGUGGCAAGAGUUGCAGACUGAGAUGGAUCAACUAUUUGAGAGCUGAUCUCAAAAGAGGAAACAUCUCUAUUGAAGAGGAAGCCAUCAUCACUAAGUUGCAUGCUUCUUUUGGCAACAGGUGGUCACUGAUAGCAAGUCAUUUACCAGGCAGAACAGACAACGAGAUCAAGAACUACUGGAACUCUCACUUGAGCAGGAAAGUUUACAGCUUGCCAGCCCCAAACGACAAAGACACAACCACUUGCGCCACCGCCACUGCCAUUCCCAAGAUCUUGGAUACACCUCCGAAGCGUAAAGGUAGCGGCAAGACCAGCAGGUGGGCCAUGAAGAAGAACAAAAGCACCUAUUCGCCCCCAAUCCAAACCCAGAAGCCUUCAUCAGAGGAGGAGGGAAGAGGAGAAGUAAGUGAAAAAAUGAUGGAGUGUGAGGAGGGGAGCAUUGAUGAUGGUGGGGUGUUGAGUUUUAAUGACAUAAUGGAGUCAAGUUGCAUGCAGCAGCUGGAUGAUGAUCAUCAACCAUGUGGCCUUUCCACCGUUACUACUGCUGGGGUCCCAAAUGAUGACACGUGUCCCAACACUACUACUACUACAACAACAACAGGGGAGGCAUCGCAUUCUAACUGCUCUUCCAAUAACUCCAUGGCUUCUGGGUUAGAGUUAGAUGAUAGCUAUUGGGAGAGCGUGUUGGAGUUGAAUAAUAAUAGCACCGAUGAGUCCUCCUGGGAGCACAGUACUGAAGCCUUGUUCAAUUGGCUGUGGGAAGAUCAUCACUUGGACAAGCUUGGAGGACAUCAUGAUGAUGAUGAUGAUCACAAACAAAAUAAUGCCAUGAUGGUUGAUUGGUUUCUCUCCUGAUUAUAUAUUAUCUUCUUCUCUGUUUUUUUAUGUGAAUUAUAUGCUAGUAAGUUCUCGUUAUGUUGGAUUUGGGAAACUAAAAACUAUAAGCUACCCAUGGUACCAUUUUCUGUUUAGGGUAGAAUCUAAUUACUAAUUAGACACAGCUUUCUUUAUCA